CAAUUGCUACAUUAACCGUGAGAUCUGUGCAAGUGCAAACAGUAGAUCACAGAGAAUGAGAUCGAAGAGAUGUCAAAAAUUUCGAGAACAAAAAUGUAUGACAAGUGCGUGUUUUGGUUCAAACUCUGCUUGCGCUAAUUUGAUUUCAUAGUUAGUAGAUAUUGUUUUAGCUCAUCAUAAAAAUGUCCUGGUUCGGUCGAUUCCACGGUAAAAACAACCAUGAGCUCGUUCACUACCUAAAAGGCAAGUUGAUGCAAAAAUAUGUUCCAUAGAUUCGAAGAUAAUAAAAUCGGAUCGAGUAGUUCGAGCCAUGCAAUCAGUGGACAGAGGAAAUUACACGUCUAUUGGUCAAGCUUAUGUCGAUGCACCGCAAGGAAUUGGCCACGGAGUGACCAUCAGUGCACCCCACAUGCAUGGCUACGCAUUGCAACUUCUGGAAGACAAACUACAGGAUGGUGGAAGAGCUUUAGAUGUUGGUUCAGGUUCUGGAUAUCUGACAGCAUGUUUUGCAAUGAUGCUUGGUCCACAGGGACUGGCAAUUGGUAUAGAUCAUAUCCCAGAGCUCAAAGAAGCAGCUGUAAAAAAUAUAACAAAAGAUAAUCCUGAUCUACUCGAGAGUGGGCGGGUUAAACUUGUUGUCGGUGAUGGCAGAUUAGGCUACCCAGAAGGUGGACCCUAUGAUGCAAUACAUGUUGGUGCAGCAGCUAAAGAAACACCUCAAGCAUUGAUAGACCAGUUAGCUCCUGGAGGCCGAAUGUUGGUACCAGUUGGUGCAGAGAACUCAGAUCAAACUCUUGUGCAGUUUGAUAAGCUCCAAGAUGGCAGGAUAAAACGAAAAUCAUUAAUGGGAGUGGUCUAUGUUCCAUUGACAGACAAGGAGCGUCAAGACCCGUCAUGGAAAUGAUGCUUGAUUCAGUAAAUUACUUAUAAGUAAUUUCAUCAAUACCUGUAAGAUCGUAACAGUGACGUGAAAUUGAAUUGCAUUGACAAGUCUUCAUGGACUUUAAUUCAUACGAGGUAUAAAUUUCCUACAUGAAGCAAUUAAUUGUACGAAUAAAAUAAAUAUUUAUUUCAAGUGA